UCAAAAAGUGCGCCCGGCAGUUUGACAUUUGUGGCCUGUGUGCGCGUGUGUGUGUGUGAUUGUGCGUGUGCGCGUUCUAGAGCUGUGCUGCCUGAAAUUGAUUCCGCUGCUGGCGUUCCCUCCCCUGUGUGUGUGUGUGUGUGUUUGUAUGUGUGUGCAUACAUUGUCCGUGGGUCCGAAUUUCGCGUGGGUGCUUGAGCAAAACAGCAGCAGCAGCAGCAGCAGUAGGGAAGCAAAAAAGCGAACGCGCCCGUAGUUUGCCAUCCGGAAGUGUGCGAAAGUCGGUGCGAAACCCGUCCCGUCCCGCAGUCUCCCCGUGCGUCUCGCGGUGUGUGUGUGUGUGCCAUUGCCCCGUUCGCUCCACCCGCGACCAAAAUCUGCGUUCCCCCGUGUGCGUGCGUGUGUGUGGGUCUGUGUCUGUGCGUGUUUUGUGACCGUGAAAGUGCAGCUGCUGGUGCUGCUGGGUUCGCGUAGUGAAAAGUCCCCCCCCCCCCAGGCCCGUGCCAGUGAUGCUGCUUGGUGUGAAAACCCGCCGCUACUAGCGAUUGAAGCCAAACCCCUCGCUCGCUAGUUCCGGAAGCGCUCUGGUGUAGCGGUUGCGGUGGUGCGGCCUGCGAUAGUGUGUGAAGAAGCCGCAACAGAAAAAGAACGCAACGCGCUUGUGAGAAAGCAACGCAACACCAACACUAGCGGAAGAAGAAAAAGAAGAAGAAGUAGGAAGAAGCACACGAUUACUAUUUCACAAUGGACACCGACGAUGUGGAAUCCUCGAGCAGUAGCACGAUGUCGAGCCUGAACAGUCUGUUUUCCUUCACCAGCCCGGCGGUGAAGAAGCUGCUCGGCUGGAAGCAGGGCGACGAGGAGGAAAAAUGGGCCGAAAAGGCGGUGGACAGUCUGGUGAAGAAGCUGAAAAAGCGAAAGGGCGCCAUCGAGGAGCUGGAGCGUGCCCUCUCCUGCCCGGGACAGCCAUCCAAGUGCGUCACCAUACCGCGCUCGCUCGAUGGACGGCUGCAGGUAUCGCACCGCAAGGGGCUGCCGCACGUCAUCUACUGUCGCGUGUGGCGCUGGCCGGAUCUGCAGAGCCACCACGAGCUGAAACCGAUCGAAACGUGCCAGUAUCCGUUCAGCGCGAAGCAGAAGGAGGUGUGCAUCAACCCGUACCACUACAAGCGCGUUGAGAGCCCGGUCCUGCCGCCGGUGCUGGUGCCCCGCCACUCGGAGUUUGCGCCGGGCCACUCGCUGCUGCCCUUCCACCAGAUGAACGAGCCGAACAUGCCGCACAACGUGAACUACUCGAACACGGGCUUCAACAACUCGCACAUGGGCGGCGGCGGCGGUGGUGGCGGUGGCGGUGGAGGGGGUGGCGGGGGUGGAGGUGGUGGUGGAAAUGGUGGAAAUGGUGGGGGCGGAGCGGGCGGUGGACCCAACUCGCCCAUUUCCUCGCACAUGGGACCGAACAGCCCGAUGUCGUCGGUGUCGAGCCCGGGGCCGAUCAGCUCGAACCCGCAGAGCCCGUACGGGGCGCUGCCGGAGACGCCCCCGCCCGCCUACAGCCCGCCGGAGGAGGGCAACACGGUGAGCGGCGGCCAGGACGGCAACCAGAUGGACACGAACCAGAUGCACGGCGAGGUGGCGCCGGUCAGCUACCAGGAGCCGCCGUACUGGGCGAGCAUAGCGUACUACGAGCUGAACUGUCGCGUCGGCGAGGUGUUUCACUGCACCAACACGUCGAUCAUCGUCGACGGGUUCACGAACCCGUCGAACAACUCGGACCGCUUCUGCCUCGGCCAGCUGAGCAACGUGAACCGGAACAGCACGAUCGAGAACACCCGGCGCCACAUCGGCAAGGGGGUGCACCUGUACUACGUCGGGGGCGAGGUGUACGCGGAGUGUCUGUCCGACUCGGCGAUCUUCGUGCAGAGCCGCAACUGCAACCAUCACCACGGGUUCCAUCCGAGCACGGUGUGCAAAAUACCGCCCGGCUGCUCGCUCAAGAUCUUCAACAACCAGGAGUUCGCCCAGCUGCUGUCGCAGUCGGUCAACCACGGCUUCGAGGCGGUGUACGAGCUGACCAAGAUGUGCACGAUACGCAUGAGCUUCGUGAAGGGGUGGGGCGCCGAGUACCACCGGCAGGACGUGACGUCGACGCCGUGCUGGAUCGAGAUCCAUCUGCACGGGCCGCUGCAGUGGCUGGACAAGGUGCUGAUGCAGAUGGGUUCGCCGCACAACGCGAUCAGCUCGGUGUCGUAAGGGGGUGUGGGUGUGUGUGUGUGUGUGUGGUACGCGCGUCUUCAGAUUAGACAUUUAGCAGUAAAGGCGGACGUGUGUUCGGACAGUUUGGUGUAAAAGAAUGUAGACUAAUAUUGCUGGGCCGAGCGGAAGGGAUACGUGUUUGCUAGUAUCAGCCUAGUGACUAAACAUAGCAUCAUACUUAUCGUUUAAGACUAAAGGUGAAGUAAACUGGACGAUGCCAUUAUAGAACGGAAACGGGAAGAUUUCAACCAUCCUGAGCCAGAGCAAUCUAUUAAUUACGAAAAAAAAAACGAAACCUCAUGCACGAAAAAGGGCGAAAAAAGAGUACAUUUGAAGGUUUAGUUUAUAUUUUAGUGCAUUACGGGUUCGGCAUCCAAACACGCAGCACAGAAUUCUCCAGUUCGUACGUGCGCGAGAGUGUUUUCGAUGCAAGAAACGGUACGAAUGUAAUGUACGCAAGCCAGCUAGCAGUUUAAGGGGGUUUUGUUGAUAAGUGUCUUUAUACGUUUUAAUUGUUUUUUUUUAAUUCGCCCGACCUUUUAAGCAGAUGACAGAUUUAGCGGUAUAAGAAUGCUGUUCAGUUUCUUCGUACCUUGUUAAGAAUAUCCAUGUGCGCCGGUAUGGAAAGCGAGCAAAAGAAGAUAGUUGUAUCCGUUUAAAUUUUAGCACAGUUGGCGCAGCGUUGGACCGACUAAACCGAUGAUCCGGCAUCGCUUUACAGGAUGAUUAGGGGUUUGUUUUUAAAUACUGCUGCAUAAGGCGCCAAUUGAUGCAAUUUUUUUUUUGUUAUUGUGAAGAAAAGGCUGCAGUACCUGUGCGGGGGCUACUAUUUGUCCCGCGAAGAACGAAUCAGCAACCAAACACAUGCAAAAGGGUUUCAAUAAUGUAGGUUGUUUGGCCUAAUUUUGUAGCAGUUAGUACAGUCACACAUUGCUCUCCAGUUAACUGUGCCCCCCCUGUGCGUUGACGGCAACCAGCAGCAGCCGCAACCACACGGCGGUUGUGCAAACAAAAAAAGGUCCUAGCAGAGCGAGUGCAAUUUUGUAUGUUCCCCGAAAGAGUCAGGCCCAGUAGAUCACAAUCAAACGGGAUGGAUACGAUUUUUGAACGUGAUAAGAUUAUUCUGAUGCCAUCAAACAAACGUGCAACUAUGAGAAGAAUAUAGGGUUAAGACAAAAGAAAAGCAAGAUGCAAUUUAUUGUUUACAGAGAGUGGCGGUGUAUGAAAACUGCUUCCACACGCGCGUGCACCCGUUUGGAGUUACGAUUUUCGUGUACUGUAAGUGUGGUGCAACAAAUUCUGCUCUAACAGUGUGUAUGUGUGUGUGUGUGUGUGUGCGUUUUUAUGUUACAAUAUAUCUUUUUUUUAUGUUUGUAGCAAAGUUUUAUUCAGUUGCUAGUAAAAUUAACUUGUUUCAUAGAGUUCGGUUUAAUAUAAAAGUUCUUAUAAGAUUUAUAAGAGAGCGAUAGAGAGAGAGAGAGGUUCGCAGAGAUGUAUGCUUUUUUUAUAUAAUGACGUUAUUCUUUCUUAUUGCUUGUGCUUCCCGCUGUGCUCGACAAGCAGAUUUAAUCUUGCGUGCGAGUGCAACCAAACCCUACAUGCCAACACUAAGCUUAGCGUUCACGCAGUUGAUAGUGCACGAGGGACGAUUCAAACCUCAGAUUCAAUCUUUCUCCUACACUGUUUCAGUAUUUCAGCACCCCAAAACGAAACAUACACUCUCCGUACCUUUCUUUACUACUGGUGGUUGAAGUGCUAAAAGAAAAGCUUUCACAAUAGUGGCGCCAAUGUUCUUCCCAUCCUUUGCCCAUGUGCCCACAACGCUAAUCACGCGUAAAAACGUUUACUUUGUGCAAUGCUUUCGUUAGUAGAAAGUAAGUAAGAUAAAACUGAAUUGAUUGCCUUAUAUUACAAAAAAAAAACAACAACAACAGUGUCGACGUUGUAGUGCCUCAAGCCGCUUGUAACAGACAGUAGAUGUUUUGCGAAUGUUAUAUUUUGACAAAGAAAGGGAGAUGUACUUCUCUCUGCCUUGAACACAAUUGUGCCACCGCGAAUGCGAAAAUAAAACGGAAACGGUUCGGCCUUGAUUGAAUGAAACGAAAAAAAAGGACGACAAACGCUUUUAGACAUUGGACAGGAACGUGUUUGGCCUUUUGCAUAAAUGCCUUUGUUUUUUUUUUAACUAGACGUUUAAGAAAAUGUGCAAGUCGAUAAAGCAUCCAAUACAGUAAUGCGCCUUAUUUUUCAAGAUACACAUUACAACAGCCUUUUCAAAGACAGGAUUCAUGCAGGAUGGAGAUACUUUGACGCGUAAAGGUGGUCCGUACUUUGCUGUGGAUGAAUUUUUUUUUCAUCAGCUCCAAAAUGCUUAACAGAUGAGGACGACGAGAUUAGCAAAAAAAAAAAGAAACACAUUUAAAGGGGUCACCGAGGCCAUAUUACUGGCAACUGGGAAAUGCGUUCGGACUAGCAAACUACAAAGUGUCGUGUUCGAUUAUGUAUUUUUAGCAAAUUGAUUCUCCUCAUCCGUGUGCCUGUGUGUGUGUAUGUGUGCCUGUGUGUGCGUGCUUCGUGCCUUGAAUUACGUUUGCGAAUCUGUGUGCGUGUGUGUGUGUAUAUGCGUGUUCGUGUUUGCGUCUGUAUAGUGUGAAUUAUUUUGAAAUACAGUUUCUUUUUAGACGGUAUACUUUAACUCUACCAUAAAAGCGAAACAAUCAACUGUACUACACAGAUCUUAAACGAUUUGGAGAUAAAAACAAAAGAAGUGCGAAGUAGCAAAAGAACUAAGUGUACGAAACAAACAAAAAAGUAGAACAAAAUGGAAAAUAACAGUUACAUGUACAUAUUAGAGACCAGCGCAAUGAUAAAAUAGCUUGAAAUGCGUACAAAAUGAAACUGGUCCCCCAUAAUUGUAUUAAAAAAUGAUAAAUAUGAUAGAAAACGUAAAACAAGAAGAUAAAACAAAAUUUACUCAAAAAACAUGCAAGCAACAACAAGCCACAUGUUGAACCUAUAUCUUGCUCACUUACAUUAAAGUAUGUCCCGGUAUGGCUCGAAAGCAAUUAAAAAAAAAGGUGAAAAGAAGAGUUUAAAGAGGAAAAAACAAAUGGAAACAAAUCAUGUUUUAUCACCUAAGUGUAGUUGAACAUUUACCGAAGCAAGAACGUAAAAAAAAGAAAAAGAAACAAUACAACUGCGAAAAACAUGGAGCAACAAUUGCAAACAAAAGCAAGAAA